AUGUUUCUGGAAAAAAUUAAUCAUGUGACGGGUGAGCGAGAAUGGGAGGUCGCUGAGGAAGACCAUGAUCUUGCACAAGAAAUCGCAAGAAGCAGAUUUGCCGAUAUGAUUUUGGAUUACAACAGAAACGAUAUGUUUCUGGCGGGUCUCCGUGCUGUAAUACAAGAAAAGAAAGAGCAAGGAGUCAAAGUUCAUGUUAUGGACAUAGGAACUGGCACCGGAUUACUGUCCUUGAUGGCUGCUCGUGAAGGGGCUGAUAAAGUGACUGCAGUUGAAGUGUUCCAACCGAUGGCAGAUUGCGCACGUUCUAUCGUUCAAACGAGCGAGUGGCACGAUAGAAUUGAGGUCAUACCAUGCCGUUCGACUGAACUGUCUCCUUUGUCAACCAAGCCCAAUAUAAUUGUUGCUGAGGUCUUCGACACGGAACUAAUCGGUGAAGGAGCACUGAGGACUUUCAAAGAGGCUCUUCUCAGUCAUGUUCAGCCGGGUUGUCGUGUUGUACCAUCUCGAGGCCGAGUUUGGGUUCUACCAGUUGAGAGUGCUUUUCUGUCCAAAUUCAACCGAAUCCCUCGACUCGCUGAAGAUGAUUGUCCUCUUGGAAAGUGUCCUGGGACAGCGGCCGUCUUCGACGUACAAUUGUCUCAGCUUAAACNACAUCAGUUCACUUGCCUGACAGAAGCUUUCCUGGCCUUCGAGUUCGAUUUCGAAUGUUCUGAUUCAAUCGUGUACGACGAGUCAUUCGAUCGAACUGCAUCCUGCAUCGAGUCAGGUCAUGUAGAUGCUGUUCUGAUGUGGUGGGAUCUUGAUAUGGAUGGAACCGGUACGUACUGGAUUGAUAUGUCUCCUAAAUGGGCCAGCAAAGAUUAUCAUUGGCGUGAUCAUUGGAUGCAAGCGGUUUACUAUCUGCCCCAACGUAUUGAGGUGAAAAAAGGCGAAGGGUUAACCCUAAAAUGUAGUCACGAUGAGUAUAGCAUGUGGUUUUCUGUUGGUAAAGAAUUUGUUGAGAGGAUUUACUGUAAUUGUCAGCUGCAUACUAUCAUGGCAAGACAGUCAAUAUUUUCUGCAAAUGAACUUCUAGAAAAUGUUCAAUUCCGUGAUGAACUCAAGUCCAUAUGUGAAGGUCACAAAGUGGUGGUAUUGGGUGAAGGUUCGAUAUUACUCCUUCUCGUGGCACCCAUAGCUUCCUCUGUCACUGUGGUGGAUUCCAAUCCACAUUUCCGGGACAUCGUUAGCAAGUAUAUAUCCUUCUAUAAACUCGAAAACGUUACUGUUGUUGAGGAUGUGUCGGAGGUGUCAGCUGAGCAUGACGUCGUGGUUGGAGAGCCGUUCUAUCUUUCGGCGAUGACCCCUUGGCAGAAUUUGAGGUUUUGGUAUGAUGUCACGGCUUUGCGAGAGCGUUUUGGAUCGAAUAUCACUGUACAGCCACAGAGUGCAGUCUUGUAUGGAGUAUGCGAGAAGUUUGACCAUCUUCAAAACACCAGCGCUCCUGUUGGAAUAGUGAACGGUUUCGAUCUGUCACUGUUUGAUGAUAUUUCUCAGAAAGCACGUCAAGCUACAGACGCUUUAGUGGACAUUCAUCCCCUUUGGGAGUAUAGUGGUGUAGUGUCAGGCGAGAAGUUUGAAGUGUUAAAAUUCGAUCUCCGUCAAGAACCUCAUGAUAUUGAAGCCAAUUUCCAAAUCCCUUCAAGGAAUGGCACUAACGGCAUUCCCUUGUGGAUGGAAUGGCAUUUUGGUAAGCAUACGAUAACGAGCGGACUGAAGCACGACGUAGGAAUAGGAGAUGUGCCGGAAUGGAGAGAAGGUGUGAGGCAAGGUGUUUACCUACUUUCACCUUCACUUCUCAAGAAAUCCACUAUAACCGUAGAUGCUCGCUUUGCUCGAGGAGCCGGGGAAAUCCAUUUGCAAUUUUAUUAA